CAUCAACCUCUUCCUCCAGCCAGAUCAACAGAACAGAAGAGAAGCGAGGGUGGUGUAAUAAAAACAAACGGAGAGGAGAGUGUUCCAAAAGUGCACCGUGUUUGAGCAUCGUGUUUCUUUGUCAAGAUGAGUGGUCAACAACCUGGCCAAGGUCGAGCUCGUGGGAGAGGGGGACGUGGACGUCGACCCCAGCAACCUGCACCUCCAGGUCAAGCACCUGAACCAGCAGCACCUGCGCCUCAGCAACCACCUGGAGGAGCUGGUGCUGCUCCGGCAGCUCCGGUGGGUCGAGGCAGAAGCAGGGGUGCCCGGCAGGCAGACCCUGGCCAAGCUCAGCAGCCUGUGGUAAUGCCCCAGCAAGCCCCUGUAGCUGGCUUAGGUCCUGAGGCUGUGACCGGAGGCAGGGGCGUCCAGCGUGGUGGAGGCCGGGAGAGACCCACUGCUGGCGGAAAUGGAGAUGGAGGAGCCCCUGUCUCACAGAUGGGCCAGCUGAGCCUGAGUGGAAAGCCCGAGUAUAGACGUAGAGCCCCUUAUGAAAAGUAUGUGGAAAAGCGCUACAAGGAGGACACCAAAGCUUGUGUCGGCACAAUUGGAAAUAAAGCGAAUCUGAUGGCCAACUACUUUGAAGUGAGGUUCUGGGCUGAAAAGAAGAUUUUCCAGUAUCAUGUGGACUUCAAGCCCCCUGUAGAGAACCACAGAGUGAAGCAUGCUCUGAUUGCCUCACUGCAAAAUGAAACGGGGACAGUGCAGUUGUUUGAUGGCGGAAUUCUCUACCUUUGUCGAUUGUUAGCCAAAGAUCCCAUGGUCCUGUAUGCUACCAGAACCUUUGACAAUGCCAAGAUUGAGGUGACCUUCACCAGUAAAGGGGAAGUCAUACCGGCCUCUCCACAAUUUUUGCAAAUUGCUAACAUUUUGAUGAAAAAAAUUCAGAUUUCAUUGGGAAUGAAGCAGAUCCGGGAUCACUACUACAACAUGAAUCAAGCUAUACAGAUUCCAAGGCACAAGUUGGAAGUUAUGCCUGGGUUCACCACCUCCAUCCACAAGUAUGAUGGAGGCAACCUCCUGGGAGUAGACAUCAUCCACAAGAUUCUCCGCAUGGACACCUUCUUGGAGGGCAUGUAUAACCUCUAUGACACUUUGGAGAUGAAUCGUCAGCUGAGUACUUUCCAGGAAGUGUGCUACAAGAACUACGUAGGCUCCAUCGUCUUGACCCGGUACAAUAAUAAAACCUACAAAGUAGAUGACAUUGCAUGGAAUAUGCGUCCCAAAGACACCUUUGAGAAAGGUGGAGAACAGAUCAGCUACGUUCAGUAUUAUCAAGACAACUGGAACAUCACCAUCAGAGACAAAGACCAGCCUCUCCUUGUGUCUCGGCCGACUGAGAGGGACAGGAGACGUGGGGACGAACAGAAUCUCUACCUUCUUCCAGAGUUGUGCACUAUUACGGGUCUGAGCGAUCAGGUGCGAAGUGACUUCAAAGUCAUGCAGGAUCUUGCGGUGCACACGAGGAUAGCACCCCCACAACGUGUAAACACUUUGGAAACCUUUGCAAGGCAGAUCAAUAGCAACGAAGAGGCUCAGAAAGUUCUGCAGCCAUGGGGCAUGACCAUUGCUCCGAAAGUGGUGGAGAUGCAAGGACGAGAACUUAAUGCUGAAAAACUACUUGUGAAGAACCCCAAAGAGAAGGCGACCAUGGAGAUCUCCUAUGACAUUCAAUAUGCAGACUGGAGCCGUAACAUGCGAAACAUACAUCUCCUGAACGCUGUCCCCAUGACCAACUGGCUUGUCAUCUACCCAUCGCGGUGUGGUCAGGUUGCUGGUGAGCUCUCCGACUGCCUCAUCCGCGUUGGGAAAGGCAUGGGCAUGCAGAUCAUGCAACCUUGUGGUGUGGAAAUCACUUCGGACAGAAACGAAUCGUACCUGCAGGCAAUUCGCCAGAAUCUCAACCCUCAGGUUCAAAUGAUUGUGACUGUUGUACCAAACAACAAGAAGGAUCGCUACGAUGCCAUCAAGAAGAGCUGCUGCAUCGAUAAUCCAGUUCCGUCCCAGGUAGUUUUGCAGAAAACACUGUCAAAGCAGCAGGGCUUGAUGAGUGUUGCGACCAAAAUAGCCAUUCAGCUCAACUGCAAAAUGGGCGGUGAGGUGUGGGGAGCCGUUAUUCCCGUGAAGGGUAUGAUGAUCAUUGGGCUGGAUACGUACCACGACUCUGCCAACAAGAACCAGUCUGUUGGUGCUAUGGUGGCCUCGCUGAACAAAGAAUGCACCAGAUACUACUGCAAGACUGAGUACCAUGACAAGAAGGCAGAAAUCAUGCAGAGUUUAGGCGUUUUGGUCACAGGGGCACUGCGGAAGUUCCAUGAAACGAACCAGGCAAACCCGACCAGAGUAAUUGUGUACCGGGACGGCGUGGGAGACGGCCAGCUGGACGCUGUGUUCCAGUCGGAGAAGGAGCAGAUUGAACAGGCUUUCCGCAUGGCUGGUGGAGAGUCCUUCAAACCGGCCCUGACCAUGGUGAUUGUGAAGAAGCGCAUCAACACUCGCAUCUUCAAGAGGGCAGAGAAGGUGAUGAACCCUCAACCAGGCAGUGUGGUGGAUACUUUCAUUACCAAGCAAGAAUGGUAUGACUUCUUCCUGGUCAGCCAAUCGGUCCGACAGGGAACCGUGUCUCCCACCAGCUACAAUGUUAUCUUUGAUGAGAGUGGGCUGAAACCCGACCACCUCCAACAGCUGACUUACAAAAUGACUCACCUUUACUUCAACUGGCAGGGCACCAUCCGUGUUCCAGCCCCUUGCCAGUAUGCUCACAAGCUGGCUUUUCUGCAGGGCCAGAGCCUUCACCGAGAGUUCUCUGCCCACCUCUCAGACAAGCUGUUCUUCCUCUAGAUCGUCCAUCCCGACUGGAGAUUUUCCUGGCUUCCAGCCGUACCAGCUGUUUCGUAUUUUUAGGUCUGACUCAAAACAGUUAGAUAUAUCUAUAAAUUAGUUUUUGUUUUACAGGAAAACUGAAUAAGCUGUAAGCUCAUCCCAAGUAAAUUUACUUCUCUGUUUGUUUGGCGCAUAAUAUAACCUAAGGAACAAAAUUUCUUAAACCCUUAGUAAUAAAUGAGGCUUGCUGAGAAUGUAAAGAAAAAUAGGAAAUAUAGUGUGUAUGCAAUUCUGUGCUCACAAUAAACCUACAAGCUGUGUAGACGAGUGAGCUUUGUUUUAGUUUCUACAUUAAACCUCUGCUGAUCUAAAUUUGCUUAAUAAGAUUUUGAUUGUGUUUUUUUGGUGAGAGUCUGGAUUUAGAAUUGUUCGUCAUAUGAAACCACAUGUAAUAUGACUAUUGACUUUUUUGUGUGUUUAUGAUGAUGAUUGGUGAAAUAGCUUUCUUUUGUGAAGCUGUUCUUUGCAUUAUGCUCAUGUUCAGUAGACUACAUUCUUUAGUUUGCUAUUUUUAAAAGUUAUUGAGGACUCCAUUUCCUACAGUGAGUAGGGUUGAAAAUCUAAACUUCAUUUCUUGAGCUGACAAUUUGUAUCGAGUUACUGUUGUGAAAGGUUGUAGGAUUGUUUUAAAAUUUAUCUCUGUACAUUUGAAUUAAAUGUGCAUAGGUUCUUGCUGUAUGCGAAAGGUAUCGAAACAAGCAUUUUUCUCUUCUUUCUAUUCAUCACUCAUGUUUUUACUGUUGUUGUGUCAGCGAAGGUCAUUAUGACAUAUUUUUUUGGGGUUUAUUGUACGUCAAACUGCCAGCACACUCAAUGUGAACUCGUUCACAUUUUCUAUGGGCUUGGUGUUUAUGAUAUAAAGUACAUAAGGGGAGAUAAAUUGCUUGAACAAUUUUUCUUUUAACAGCAAAAGUGAAACAUGUUUUCAAUUGCCAUGUUCAUAUUUUUUGCCCCAAAAGUUGGGACAACUGCAAUAAGGGAGUGAAUUGAUGCAGACAAUUUCUGUUGUCUGCUUGUGUAAUAUUGGUUUGGAUCAUUCAUGCGCAGAAAGACAGGUAUGUUUGAUGAUACUGCUAAUUAUUUUCUUUUUGCUGGAUAGUAAUGCUAUUGUGUUGUAACGGUAGAUUUACUAGUUGGACUUGGAUGUUGCCAUUUGUGCCUCAAAAAAAUUUUAAUAUUUCCUGUAUUUAGCGCCUUCAUUGUUGUCCCUGAAGUUACCUGUAAUCAGGUGAUGGCUGGCGCUACCUUGAAUUACGUUUCAGGUUUUAGUCUCAAGUCUAUGAACCUCUUCUUCGUUCUACUGCUGUAUUGCCUCUUGUAUCUCUUGUCAAUAGAUUACUCUUUUUCCAUAAAGAACUCUCUUCUCUUUCUUGGCUUCAGCCAAACUAAAGUCUUGCUGAUUUGGAUCUCUUUGUUUUAUAAGGAAGGGGAAAGAAUAUAUGUGCCACGACUUGGUGGAAUCAGGCGCUCGUCAAUUUUUGGGAGUAUGAAAUUUUUGGUGUUAUCUCAAAGCUUGUUCAUUUGCUUUGCUUUCAAUGAAAAAAAA